ACUAGGCUUCCUUCCGGUUUGCUAAGCGGAGGCCGGAAGUGUUGGUUUUAGGGGGCUGUGGGAGUAGAAGAGUGCUGAUAGCGGCAGCGAGGGCAGCGAAGGGGUUACCGAAGUGCUGGGAUUCUUGCGGCUGUGCAGGGAUUUAACCACCACCAUGUCGAGCAAAAGGGCAAAGACCAAGACCACCAAGAAGCGCCCGCAGCGCGCAACAUCCAAUGUGUUUGCCAUGUUUGACCAGUCACAGAUUCAGGAAUUCAAAGAGGCCUUCAACAUGAUUGAUCAGAACAGAGAUGGUUUCAUUGACAAGGAAGAUUUGCAUGAUAUGCUUGCCUCCCUGGGGAAAAAUCCAACUGAUGAGUAUCUGGAUGCCAUGAUGAAUGAGGCUCCAGGGCCCAUAAAUUUCACCAUGUUUCUCACGAUGUUUGGUGAGAAGUUAAAUGGCACAGAUCCAGAAGAUGUCAUCAGAAAUGCUUUUGCUUGCUUUGAUGAAGAAGCAACUGGCACCAUCCAGGAAGACUACCUGAGAGAGCUGCUGACAACGAUGGGAGACCGGUUUACGGAUGAAGAGGUGGACGAGCUGUACAGAGAAGCGCCUAUCGACAAAAAGGGGAAUUUCAAUUACAUCGAGUUCACGCGCAUCCUUAAACAUGGAGCAAAAGACAAAGAUGAUUGAAAGAACUUCAGAUUCCAGCCAAACGUUCCUUGUUGCCACUUUGGGUAUUUCUGAGACGUUCUCUUAGAGUCUGUUGCAUGCCCUUAGCUUUGCAGCUUUUGCCUUUCUUGUAUUUAUUCUCAGCCAUUUUGGGCACAUGCAUCUCUAUAUUCAGACUGGAAAUGGGACUUUUUAUGAUUUUCAGAUAGAAAAUAGGGCAAUUUAACUUACCAGCCCCUCCCCCUCAAUAACUGCAGUCUACACAGAUUCAGUAUAUUUUUUCAGAGAAAGUUAUUCACUCAAUUUUUUCUGAACCAUAAUUAAACUUUAUGAUAAAAACU